ACGGGAGGAAGCCGAGGCCGGACAAAGCGGCGGCGGCCGGGCCGAGUUGAUAAUUGAGAGCCACAAUGGCAGACGUAAAAGAUGGACUACACUUGGGGGAAGAUCUGGCAGAUGCAAAAUCUUUCCCUGGUUCCAAAGGAAUGAACCUACCUGCUAGCAAGUCUAUGGACUCCGGAAUUCUGCCAGACUACAGCUACAGAAUGGAUUAUCCAGAGAUAGGAGAAUGCAUUAUAAUAAACAAUAAGAACUUCCAGAAAGAUACCGGACUGUCAUCUCGUUCAGGUACGGAUGUAGAUGCUGCAAGUGUCAGAGAAGUUUUUAUGAAGCUGGGAUAUAAAACCAAGCUUAGCAAUGAUCUGUCAUGCAGGGACAUUAUUAACGUUUUGAAGAACGUUUCUGAAGAAGACCACAGUAAGCGAAGCAGUUUUGUUUGUGUGUUGCUAAGCCAUGGUGAAGAAGGACUCAUCUAUGGUACAGAUGGUCCCCUUGAACUGAAAGUACUAACGAGCCUUUUCAGAGGUGACAAUUGUAGAAGUUUAGCAGGAAAACCCAAACUCUUCUUCAUUCAGGCUUGUAGAGGGACAGAAUUAGAUUCUGGUAUUGAGGCAGACAGUGGACCAGAUGAAAUGAUGUGUCAGAAAAUACCUGUAGAAGCAGACUUCCUAUAUGCAUAUUCUACUGCUCCAGGAUAUUACUCCUGGAGGAAUGCAGCUGAAGGCUCCUGGUUUAUUCAGUCUCUGUGUAGAGUGCUGAGGGAACAUGCAAGGAAACUUGAACUCAUGCAGAUUUUAACACGUGUAAAUCGCAGAGUGGCAGAAUACGAAUCCUACUCCAAUCGGCCGGAUUUUAAUGCCAAGAAACAAAUUCCAUGCAUUGUCUCUAUGCUCACCAAAGAAUUUUACUUCCGUUGCUAGAAGAAUUGCACCUUGCAGUUGCUCAGUUCAUGUUUUUAUCUGUAAUUUAUACACUGUUUUCCUAUGGAACACCACUUUUAAAUCUGAAUUACUGUUCACUACUGUGUGUGGCAUAAUGAACUAUCUUAAAGUUAGAAGUAAAAAUUAGAAGUAAACCUUAGUAUGGAUAUGUUAGAAAUGCAAAACUGAGUAGCUGAAGCACAGGGAAAUUUGAAAAUAGUGAUCUGCUAAUCUGGAAUAAUCGGGAAGAAGAGACAGAAAAAAGGUCAAAUCACUUACUGAGACCUACUUGGUGCUACAUUUCCCUCCCAGAAGGAGCAGGGAAAAGAAACAGUUCUUGUAGAUGUAGUUUGGUUCCAUAUCUUUGCCAAUAAGAAGAUUCUGAAUGUGGUAUGUUUGCUAAUGACGGUAAUAUGAUAAGCGUCAUCAUUUCUUUUUCAAAAACUCGUGAAGUUUAGGUUAUAAACUAGCCUGAACAUAUUUUAUAACUUAAGAAACAAACUGUGGAAAAUGGUCAUUUCAUUUUUUACAUACAAUUAGGAAGCAUAUGUAGUAUAAAUUCAACUUUCUCUUGAUAUUUUAUAACACUUUGUAUGAAGUAUCGGGUAAAGUAACUUUAUCAACACGGUAUCUGUUUCAAAACAAUUCUGUAUUUCUGGCCUUGAAGCUCAGUGACUUAAGGGACCUGUCUUCCAAAAUGCCUUUUUUUUUUUUUUUUUCAGCUCCCUAGGAAAGGAUGCCUAAUACAAUUUGGUCAUAUUUGAGGCCACAAGAUUCAGUGCAAAAGGAAGUCUGCAUUCUGAGUAGGCUGAUUUCCUCUUUCUGGUCAUAAAUUAGUGUAGGUCUGCUUUCUGCUGUGCACAUACCACAUAAUCUUUAUAAAACCUAGAUAUACGGUACUGGAGAGAUUUCCUUUGUUUAUUAUCAAUUGGGUUAAUUAUUCAUGUCUUUUAUAAGACUUUAGCUGAAGUAUGUUAACAAAUAGUAAAUUUAAAUCUCUUGAUUUUGACUGAAUUUUCUGGAAUAAGCUUUUGGUAAAUUGUAAAAAAAAAAAUAAUUAUAGUUGUGGUGAUGUUUCA